UUGAUCGAGUACAACCUGCUGAUGGACGGAAAAGUGUUCAAAUUAUACAAAUUACCUUUAAUGAAGCUUUUUCAAAUGGUUGGAAUGAAUUAUACCACUUGGUUGAAUGUCAUCACUACUCAAUUUGA